AUGCCAUCUGUUGUACCUCAAGACAAGCAAUCAUCGUUGCCGAGACGCACGUCCCUGCGAUUAGCACAGUCAAACACCAGAUCCACCACCGACCGUCCGAGUGACCACGGGGCUGAUCAGAAAAAUGAAGAGCGUCAUAUGGUGUCGAUUGAGCCGAGCUGUGUCUCUGCUUCAGUCGAAGUUGCUAUACCCUUGAAGAAGCAGUCACCUCCGUGCGCUUCUUCUUCCUCUUCCUCGGAAGACACGUUUGGGGAAGGAAGAAACGACUAUGAUACUCCUGCAACUAGCGUUGUUAUGACUCCUGCCGAGUCGGAUGUGAAUAAGCCCAGGAGGAGAGUUAAUGCUUCUACACGAGCUCGGGAACUACGCUCAAGAACAAUGCCCCUCAGCAGCAUGCAAAAAGGACUUAAGCGGAACGCCGCAGCAAUCUCCCCGGAUGACUCGACUCUGGGUACCUCAGACGAGGCUUUGGCUGAGGCUCUGCAAAUGCAAGAAUAUCAGGAAUCCUUUUCCAAGCGUCGGAAGGUUGCCGCGAGCGCCAGUCGUGACACCCCGAAGGGCGAAGAUUCUACUGAGGAUGAUGACCUCCUGGAAAACAUCGAAUCUGACGGCCUCGAUGAUGCAGAGGAUGAAGGGGACCUUGAGCCUUGGCAGCCAAAGCGCAGUAUUAGGACUUAUCGGCGGUCGACAACGCAGCGAACCGUUCCGGACAGCGAAGCUUCUGACUUAAGUGAUGAUGAAGCAGGGGAUGGCAACUAUCAAACGGAUUCGGAAGCAGACGGUCCUCCGUCGUCUAGUAGCGAGGAGGAACCGUUGAUUGCCGAAAGGGCGAGAAUCUCCGGCACAGCAAAUACCAGUUCAGGCUCGCGAGCGCGGAGGCAGGCGUUGAGGUCUCGUGCAAACCAACGACGCACUCUUAUCCCACCUUGGAUGAGUCAACGAGCUUACAGGGAGCGACGCAAACUUGAAAAGCAACACCCUCUCAUCACAAAAAUGUGGGACGACUUGAAGAACACGCCCCCUAUUACACCGGUACCAGCAGAACAGCCUCCGGACAUUUCCAGAACGCUGAAGUCGUACCAGCUCGAGGGCUUGAACUGGAUGUUGCAGCAAGAGAAAAGCCAAUAUAAAGGUGGUUUGCUGGGUGACGAGAUGGGCAUGGGAAAGACUAUCCAGGCGGUCUCCCUUCUCAUGUCUGAUUAUCCCGUUGGCAAACCAUCGCUUGUUGUGGUGCCACCAGUUGCUUUGAUGCAAUGGCAGUCUGAGAUCAAAGAAUACACGAAUGGCCAGUUGAAGGUUCUUGUGUACCACAAUUCCAAUGCCAAGGUCAAACACUUAACAAAGCAAGACCUUGAAUCUUAUGAUGUGAUCAUGAUUUCUUAUUCCGGCCUCGAAUCCAUUCAUCGGAAGGAAUGGAAAGGAUGGAACCGCAACGACGGGAUCGUGAAAGAAGAUAGUGUCAUUCAUGCCAUUGACUACCACCGCCUUAUUCUCGAUGAAGCGCAUAGCAUCAAGCAACGGACUACCAGUGUUGCACGUGCAUGUUUUGCCCUUAAAGCCUCUUAUAAAUGGUGUCUUUCCGGCACUCCUGUUCAGAAUCGGAUCGGCGAGUUCUUCUCUCUUCUUCGUUUCCUGGAAGUACGCCCAUUUGCGUGCUACUUCUGCAAACAGUGCAAAUGUCAGCAACUUCAUUGGUCCCAGGACGCGGAUAAACGUUGUAGCAAUUGCAAGCACAGUGGGUUCAGCCAUGUAUCAGUCUUCAAUCAGGAGAUCCUCAAUCCCAUUACCGAACGAGACAAUCCAGAAGCCCGCAAGGAGGCCUUGGCCAAACUUCGCCUGAUCACUGACAGGAUCAUGCUGCGACGAGUCAAGCGCGAUCACACCGCUUCAAUGGAGCUCCCUCCGAAACGCGUCGUUUUGCAUAACGAGUUUUUCGGAGAAAUUGAACGUGACUUUUCCAGGAGUAUCAUGACGAAUUCUACAAGGCAAUUCGAUACAUACGUUAGUCGAGGUGUGAUGUUGAACAACUACGCCAACAUCUUCGGUCUGAUCAUGCAGAUGCGGCAGGUUGCGAAUCAUCCAGACCUGAUCCUGAAGAAGCAUGCUGCCGGUGGUCAGAACGUCCUUGUAUGCAGUAUCUGUGAUGAGCCUGCGGAAGAGGCUAUUCGGUCUCGUUGUCAUCAUGAGUUUUGCCGUCGUUGUGCCAAAGAUUACAUCCAGUCUUUCGAAGCAGACAGCGUCGUUGAUUGUCCUCGUUGUCACAUCCCCCUCUCCAUUGAUUUCGAGCAGCCAGAUAUUGAGCAGGAGGCGGAGCACAUCAAGAAGAACUCCAUCAUCAAUCGCAUCCGAAUGGAGGACUGGACGUCAUCGACGAAGAUCGAAAUGCUUGUUUACGAGCUGUACAAAUUGAGGAGCCAGAAGCAGACUCACAAGUCUAUCGUUUUCUCGCAAUUUACCUCGAUGCUUCAGCUUGUUGAAUGGCGUCUUCGUCGGGCUGGUUUCAACACCGUCAUGCUGGAUGGGACGAUGACGCCUGCACAGCGUCAGAAAUCAAUUGAUUAUUUCAUGAAUAACGUUGAUGUAGAGGUUUUCCUUGUGUCUUUGAAAGCAGGGGGUGUCGCCUUGAACUUGACCGAAGCCUCAAGAGUUUUCAUCGUCGAUCCGUGGUGGAAUCCAGCUGCCGAAUGGCAAAGCGCAGACCGAUGCCAUCGUAUUGGUCAACGUCGGCCCUGUGUCAUCACCCGGCUCUGCAUUGAGGAUUCGGUAGAAUCGCGAAUUGUUCUGCUGCAAGAGAAGAAGGCAAAUCUCAUCAACGGCACGCUGAACAAAGAUCAAGGGGAGGCGCUGGAAAAGCUCACGCCAGAAGAUAUGCAGUUCUUGUUCCGCGGAUCGUGA